GCUGCUGGAAACAAUACGCUAUAUCUUUUAUAAGCUGUUUUACACAAGUGUGCUUAGAUAAGAAUAAGUUUCGAGUAUCCCAAUGGCACCUUUUGGUUGCCUUUUAAUUGUUCAAGUGUUGCUUCCAGAAUUUUUAUUUCUCUGUUUUGCCAUGGGCGAUGACGUCAGCGAAGUCACGUGGGCGCACGCUGUCAACAGCCGGCACAUGCUUGAGACGGAAUUGGCGGGAGCCGUCGAUUUCUUGGAAGCUGAUGUUUCCAUGGGGCACGUGAUGGGACAAGAGUUUGGCCCUCCCAUCCCUAUCAUGGCCCACCCUCCAAACACCACUUCGGAUCUGUCACUGGAUACUUGGUUGGACAUCGUGAUUGCUCGACGAACGGGGAAAGGCGUGAAGCUGGAUUUUAAAUCAAUAGAAACCUUGAAACCGUCCAUGAAAUUGUUAGAAAGUCAUGCUCAGAAG